GUACCAAAAUUAAAGAACUGUACCAAGUAUACCAUUUGUUCGGUUCGGUAUGGUCCGGGAAUCGAAUCUGGUCCAGGAGCUAAAGGCGUAAUUUGAUCAGCCGAGUCUGAUCGGCGGGUGAAAUGGACUACAGCUUAGCGGCGGUGAAGAUGCUUUGCUCCCAGCUCCGGGACGCUAAACCGACGCCUUCUCAGAACGCCACCGCUCUAGGCGGUGUUCUUUUUCAACGUGCUUGGUUACAGGGCGUUUUGGUCUCCAUCUCCGGCGGCGGAGAGGACAGUAUGAUCCUUGAUGACGGAACCGGUCUUGUCGAGCUCGGCCUAUCGAGCGAUUUCUCCCUCCGUCAGUGGAAAUCGGGAAUGUACGUGAUGGUUGUUGGUGUUUACCAUAUCCGUACUGGGGAGAUACCUUUACUUAAGGUUCAUAAGAUGGUUGAGCUGUCGGGAAGCCCUGAUCGUGAAGCCAUGUGGUAUUUGGAAGUCAUGGACGCAUACAGACUGUUCUAUGAGCCAUUGAUCCAGGAGUUCUCUUGACUCUCCCCUUAACUUUUCAUCCUCGAGAAAGAAACAUCAGUAGAUAGAUUAUCUCUUCUCAUUCUUUUAGUUUUACCAGACCAGAACAAUCCAUUUUUGUUGGAGAUAAUCACUAAAUCAUGGAUAUGUCUAACUUAAACGAAUCAAAAGCAAGGUCGUCUUAUUUCUAA